CCUGCGGAGAGCCCUUGGAACCUCGACACAUGGCUCGGCACAAUCCGAUGGCAAUGAUCGGUUUCCCUCAUUGGGUCUCCAUUUGCUAGAUUUUGGGUCAAGACCCAAGUCUCCCUCCCAUCUCAAACCCCCUCAUCUAAUGCUUCGCUCUGAAACGCGGUGAGUGAAACCACCGCUCGAUCUUUCUUCCUCCUCCCUCUUCUUUCUCCCACCAGUGGCGGGCUGCAAAUCCUAAUGAUCCCUUAUUCACCGAUGGAGACAACGGCUAUGUGGUCUUCGAUCAUUCGGUAUGUUCCUUCACCACUUUUAAUACCCAUCUCCUCUAUAAUCCAGAGCUUCAAGUGUUGGCUGCCAUGGUUGGGAUCCCCUAUUCUGCCAGUCCAGAGGUUGUAUUGGCUGAAGUGGUCGGGGUUUUGAAGGUCUUGGAGCGAGACACUACUAGUAGUGCAGUGAAUUGAAAUUUCUAUUGAGUUGCUCAUAACAAAAUCCUUCUGUUUUGCUGAAAUUAAAAUAGAUUAUGAGGGUUCAGUUCAGGAGUACUUUAGCGGCCAUUCUGGUUUUAUCUUCCUGUAGUUUAUCUUUCUAUCAGUAGAAUAUCCUCUUCUCCACCUUGUUCUUCAAUUUCUUCUCUCUCUCUUUCUCUCGCGCACAUUUGGGGAAUGGUUUUCUGAUAAACAAAAAAAGAUGGGAGACGAGUGGGAGGGAUAAAUGAGGAAGAGACCUGAAAAGAGGAUCGAAGAGAGAGUAGGAAGAAAGAAGAGGGAGGAAGGAAACUUGGGUUUUGACCCGAAAUCCAGACAAUGAAGACCCAAUGAGGGAAAACACUCUUAACCGUCGGAUCGUGCUAUUCCAUGUGUCGAGAGCUAUAGGGCUCUCCGCCAGUCUCCGCCAACAAUGCUCUCCACAGACGAUGUUUUCCCUAGGUUCAACUGGGGCUAGCCCUUCUUGAUCUAACUUGAAAGCAGUACAUAUAGGUAUGCCAUGUAUAAGGCUUAGCCCAAGGGAAAAUAAUCCUCUGUUUUUCUCAUCCUUGUUUUUCCUUGUUUUGCUACCUGCAAAACGCGACACGUGGACAACUUUAAGACCAACGCACUGGAUGUAAUAAUCCUCACCCAAUCUUGACCGUUGGUCUUCUUGUUGUACACGUGUCACGUUCUGUAGGUAGCAAAACAAGGAAAAACAGGGAUGAGAAAAACAGAGGGUUUUGAUCCUAGCCCAAGACACUCCACGACAGCCACCCGUUCUGAAAGAGAAGAAAAGCACUUGGGAGUCUGGUAUUACUAUCACAGUAAGAGCAGAGAGAGAAAGAAAGACACAGAGAGAUUAGAGAAUGACAACCUGUGCCCUGAAAUCUCAUAUUUCUCUGCCGAUGCAAUCUAACCUCAAUAGGUCAACCGCUGAACCUACAACCCAUCUCAUCCUUCCCCUCAAAACCAAGCCACGAAGAAACCCUUCAGAUUCAAAACAACAAAGCCUAAUUAUAAAAAGGUUCAGUGAGGAAAGCAACAGGGACAAGAAGAAGCCUCUCACCAGCUUAAGCUUCAAACCUGAUGUCCCUAGACCUUCACAGAAAAGGACUGAUGGGCUCCGAAGGUUUGUGAUAUUGGGUGCUGCUUCACUUGGGUUGGCAGUUCUACUUGCAGGCAUAGAUAAUGGGAAUAAGGCCUUGGCUCUGGGUCCUGAAGGGCCUUUGGUAGAGGAGUUUUGGGACAAUAUGAGGAGAUAUGGUCUAUAUAUUGUUACGGUGAGCACUGGAGUUAUUUACACCGUCUUCCAGCCUAUUCUGGAGCUGUUGAAGAACCCAAUCACUGCAAUUCUGGCCAUAACCAUCUUAGUGGGCAGCGUUUACAUUGUUACCCAAGUGCUUUCAGCUAUGGUUGGUGUCUCUAAUUUUUCUUAUGAUUAUGGCUAUUAGUAUUUAGAG